CCUGGUAUAUAAGUCAGGUUGGGAGGAGGGCAGCUUCAAACACUUCCCAGCUAUUCUGGACAGCACAGCCACCUCUCUUUCGCUCCCUUCAAAGAUGAAGACGGUCGCCAUCUUGCUCUGCGUGGCUGCUGGCGCCGCAGCGUUGCCGCAGGGCUUCUUCCCAGGUGGACUGUUCAGUGAGAACGGCCAGGCGACCGGAAGUGCCGCCGGCAAUGUGGUGACCGGGGUCAGCGGCGGUCCCUUCCAGAACUCUCGGAUCACGCAAGUCAGCGCCACAGCCUCGGGUUCUGCUCGAGGCAACGCCGUAAGCUCCAACGUCGCCAGCGCCUCCAACGUCGCUUCUUCGGGGCUGUUCGGCAACCAGGAGUUCUCAAACACCAACGCCUUUUCCAAUCAGCAGACGUUCGGUGGUGGACUUAGCGGGAGUAACCAGCGGCCGAUCGGUCAAUUCCGGCGGCAGUACCGCAGGCCGAACUUCUACUAGUCAUGAUCUAGCUCGCCCUGCGUUCAAUAUAUUGUUAAGGCAUCUGUUCUUUGCGUACACGAUGUAUCGUCAUUCGCAUUGUGGCUAGCCUCAUGAUCAUGGUUGUGAUUCAUCGUCAUGAAAUGAAAUAUAUACAGUACUUAAA